AUGGAGCGCAUACAGUGGAUAGACGGCCUGCGAGGCAUUGCAGCCUUCAUAGUGGCAUUCAAUCAUUUCUUCUGCGGUGACCUCAAAACACCUUUCCGGUCAUUCUGGGCUGAACCGGCGGAAGGAAAUCGACGCAUCAUCCAAUUACCGCCAUUCCGGUUGCUUUGGGCAAUGGACGCAAUGGUUCCUGUCUUCAUGGUAAUCUCGGGCUACACCAUUGCCCACAGGCUGCUUCAGUACAGAGACAAUCGGCCAAACCUGUUUAUUGACCGUCUCCGAUCGUCUAUAUUCCGCCGACCCAUUCGUAUAUACCUCCCUGUGUUGACGCUAGCGACCUGCACGCAAUUGCUCUUCUACUUCGGACUAUUCGAAUCCUGGUAUGAAGAGAGGGUCGCAGCCCGCAUCAAGCCGUGGGAGUCGCCCGUGAGCCAUGUGGUCUAUCUCUGCGAGUACGUGAUGGACUCGUUGAAUCUGGUUCAGUUGCAGUGGAAUACCAAUUUUAAUGGACAUCUUUGGACCAUGCCGCUGGAGCUCCGUGGAUCGUAUGUUGUGUAUUUUACGAUCUUCGUGCAGUCUAUCUGGCGACCCCUCUCACGUCGCUGGUGUCUGGGCCUCAUGCUCGCCUAUCUGGUCUGGUACAGCCAGUGGGAUAUAUUCAGCUUCAUCGCAGGACUGGGUUUGGCCGAAUUGCACACAUCUCGGCGUCAUACCGCUGUGGAGACUCACUGGACUGUCUCAUAUAUCAUUCGAUCUACGCGCCACUGGGCGCAAUACGAUGGUUGGGUAGAUGUCCGGAGAGUGUGGCACAGUAUCGGGGCCGUGGCGGCCUUCUCAGUGGCAUUGGAGAGUCCCCAUGUGCAACGUUUGCUCGCCAGUCGUAUUCCUCAAGCGUUGGGUCGGUUAUCGUUUCCGAUCUACUUAAUCCAUCUCUCGGUGUAUCAGAUUGGCAUUUGGCCGGUGCGAAGCCGUAUUUGGUUGUUGCUGGAGCCCCGGGAUUAUCCUUCUCCGGAAGAGGAAGAUCAACACAUGGGUGCCCUGAUCAGGGUAUUCAUUUCAGGUGGCACUAUUCUGGGUGCUGUUGUGAUGGUGUUAGCGGAGUUGUAUAUGCGGUUCUUAGAGCCCCAGUUUGCCACGGCCACCAGGGUGAUUGAGAUGUGGUUGGUCCAGAAGCGUCAUCGGGAGUAG